CAGUUUUCCUAUUUGAAACGCUUACGUAGAUUCGAUACAAUGACUGGCUCAAUGUACAUUCGCAUCAAGCGCAAGAAGCUGACCGUCUUCCUCGAGUGCUCGCUCAGCGACACUGUUGGCGUGCUGAAGCAGAAGCUUGGCCGCAUUGUGCAGAUGGAGCCCGCGAACAUGCGCCUGCUGUUUGACCAGCAGGUCCUCGACGACAGCAAGACGGUCGAGCUCAACCGGCUCGCGAACGACGACCAGGUCGUCCUCGUCUACAAGCAAGCAGAUGGCGAGUGGGAGGCUCCCGACGUCACCCCGACAGACACAGCCAACCUGGACGCAAAGCUGGACGACGAAUGAAAAAAACAACUCUUUGAAAACCCCUCAAUUCUUAGCUCUGUUUGGGUUUUUGUUUGUUUGUUUGUUUCAGGGACGCACUAUGCGCGUCUCGUGCAUUCAAAUACAUUGCCGACAGUGACCGAAAGGAAAUAUAAGUGUACAUUGAGAAACAGACAACACACCAACAAGAACCCAA